GGGAGGCAGUCAGGCUGAGCUGACCCGCUUGCGGUGUGUGUCGCUUCGCCUACAUCCAAGUCAGCUCGCAUGCACUGACGAGUGAGGGACAUCAGGAGUAUAGGUCGGUCGCAAGGCCGUUAUACUACCCACCAAGAUGGUGGCCUUAUCGUUGAAGAUUUGCGUGCGCCAAUGCAAUGUGGUGAAGACGAUGCAGUUUGAACCGUCCACCCCUGUAUAUGAUGCCUGCAGAAUCAUCAGAGAGAGAGUCCCUGAAGCCCAGACAGGACAAGCCUCGGAUUAUGGCCUCUUCCUGUCUGACGAUGAUCCCAGGAAAGGAAUCUGGCUCGAGUCUGGAAGAACCCUGGAUUACUACAUGCUGCGAAACGGAGAUGUCUUGGAGUAUAAGAAGAAACAAAGGCCACAGAAGAUCAAAAUGCUGGAUGGUGCCAUUAAAACUAUCAUGGUGGAUGACUCAAAAACAGUUGGCGAGCUGCUCGUCACCAUAUGCAGUAGAAUAGGAAUCACCAACUAUGAGGAAUACUCCCUCAUUCAAGAGGUGCCAGAGGAUAAGAAGGAGGAUGGGAUGGGGACACUGAAGAAAGACAGGACCCUGCUGCUGAGAGAUGAAAGGAAGAUGGAAAAGCUCAAAGCAAAACUUCACACAGAUGACGACUUGAACUGGCUGGACCACAGCAGGACAUUCAGAGAACAGGGGGUGGAGGAAAGCGAGACUCUACUGCUCAGGCGCAAGUUCUUCUAUUCAGACCAGAAUGUGGAUUCACGGGACCCUGUUCAGCUAAACCUGCUCUAUGUUCAGGCUAGAGAUGAUAUAUUGAAUGGAUCCCACCCUGUCUCCUUUGAUAAAGCAUGUGAGUUUGCGGGGAUCCAGGCUCAGAUCCAGUUCGGACCCCACGUGGAGCACAAGCACAAGCCUGGAUUCCUGGACCUGAAGGAGUUCCUACCUAAAGAGUAUAUCAAGCAGAGAGGGGCCGAGAAGAAAAUAUUCCAAGAACAUAAAAACUGUGGAGAGAUGUCUGAGAUAGAAGGAAAAGUAAAGUAUGUGAAGCUUGCUAGGUCCCUCCAGACAUAUGGAGUGUCCUUCUUUCUCGUGAAGGAAAAGAUGAAGGGUAAAAAUAAGCUGGUCCCGCGGCUGCUGGGGAUAACCAAAGAGUCAGUGAUGCGGGUGGAUGAGAAGACGAAGGACGUGGUGCAGGAAUGGCCACUGACAACAGUCAAGAGAUGGGCAGCCUCCCCUAAGAGUUUCACCUUGGAUUUUGGAGAGUACCAGGAAAGCUACUACUCUGUCCAGACUACAGAGGGAGAGCAGAUAUCCCAACUCAUUGCUGGGUAUAUUGACAUCAUUCUUAAAAAGAAGCAGAGUAAGGAUCGUUUUGGCCUUGAGGGGGAUGAGGAAUCCACCAUGCUAGAGGAAUCAGUUUCCCCUAAGAAGUCCACAAUUUUGCAGCAGCAGUUCAAUCGAGUAGGCCGUGUGGAGCACGGCUCAGUAGCCCUUCCAGGUAUAAUUCGGUCUGGGUCUAUUGGCGGGCCUGACACUUUCAAUAUGGGUACUAUGCCCUCUGCUCAGCAGCAAAUCACCACAGGGCAAAUGCACAGAGGACACAUGCCUCCACUGAGUCUAGCCCAGCAGGCCCUGAUGGGGACCAUCAACAGCAGUAUGCAGGCUGUGCAGCAGGCCCAGGCUGACCUGGGACAUGUCGAUAAUCUGCCUCCACUGGGUCAUGACUUGGCAUCCAGGGUUUGGGUUCAGAACAAAGUGGAUGAAUCCAAACAUGAAAUCCACUCUCAGGUUGAUGCCAUCACCGCUGGAACAGCAUCUGUGGUCAAUCUCACUGCAGGUGAGCCGACAGAAACUGACUACACAGCAGUGGGCUGCGCCAUCACCACCAUCUCCUCCAACCUGACGGAAAUGUCUAAGGGUGUUAAGUUGCUUGCGGCAUUAAUGGACGAUGAGGUGGGCAGUGGACACAAGCUCAUGGGUGCUGCCAGGAUGCUGGCAGGAGCUGUGUCAGAUCUGCUCAGAUCUGUUGAGCCUGCAGCCGCAGAGCCCAGGCAGACGGUGCUGACGGCAGCAGGAAGCAUUGGACAAGCCAGCGGGGACCUGCUCCGUCACAUGGGGGAGGGCGAGACUGAUGAGAAGUUCCAGGACACCCUGAUGAAUCUGGCAAAAGCAGUGGCCAAUGCAGCUGCUAUGUUAGUCCUGAAGGCCAAGAACGUGGCCCAGGUGGCCGAAGACACCAUAUUGCAGAACCGGGUGAUUGCAGCUGCCACUCAGUGUGCCCUGUCCACCUCACAGCUGGUCGCCUGCACUAAGGUGGUGAGCCCAACCAUCAGCUCCCCAGUGUGUCAGGAGCAGCUUGUCGAGGCCGGGAAGUUGGUGGACCGUUCCGUGGAAACCUGCGUCAAAGCUUGCCGCUCGGCCAGCGACGACGGUGAGCUGCUGAAGCAAGUUGGGGCAGCAGCUGGUGUGGUGAGCCAGGCUCUCAGCGACCUCCUGCAGCACGUCCGCCACUAUGCCAGCUGCGGCGAGCCUAUUGGACGUUAUGACCAGGCCACGGAUACGAUUAUGAACGUGACCGAAAACAUUUUCACUUCCAUGGGUGAUGCUGGUGAGAUGGUCCGUCAGGCCAGAGUUUUAGCCCAAGCUACCUCUGACUUGGUCAAUGCCAUGAGAUCAGAUGCAGAGGCAGAAGUUGAUGUUGACAACUCCAAAAAAUUGCUUGCUGCAGCCAAGCUCUUGGCUGAUGCCACCGCUCGGAUGGUGGAGGCUGCUAAGGGGGCAGCCGCCUACCCGGACAAUGAAGACCAGCAACAGAGACUCAGAGAGGCAGCUGAAGGGCUACGUGUCGCCACUAACGCGGCAGCUCAGAAUGCAAUAAAGAAAAAAAUAGUCAACAGGCUGGAGAUCGCUGCUAAGCAGGCAGCGGCUGCUGCUACACAGACCAUCGCAGCUGCCCAAAACGCAGCUGCUUCCAACAAAAAUACUGCCUCACACCAACAGUUAGUUCACAGCUGCAAGAUGGUAGCAGACAGUAUUCCCCAGUUGGUGCAGGGAAUGAGGAGCAGCCAAGCCCAGCCUGAGGAACUGGGCCCCCAGCUCGCCCUCAUCAUGGCCAGCCAGAGCUUCUUACAGCCUGGGAGUAAGAUGGUGGCGUCUGCAAAGUCAGCAGUUCCAACAGUGGCCGACCAAGCUGCUGCUAUGCAACUGGGCCAGUGUGCCAAGAAUUUAGCUACCUGCCUGGCGGAGCUCAGGACUGCCACACAGAAGGCACAUGAAGCUUGUGGCCCUCUGGAGAUUGACUUAGCCCUCAAAACUGUACAGACACUCAAGAGUGAACUUCAGGAUGCCAAGAUGUCUGUCAUCGAUGGCCAACUCAAACCACUUCCUGGGGAAACGCUGGAAAAAUGCGCUCAGGAUUUGGGAAGUACGUCUAAGACUGUGGGUUCUUCCAUGGCCCAGUUGCUGACAUGCGCUGCACAAGGCAAUGAACAUUACACAGGUGUUGCUGCUAGGGAAACAGCACAGGCUCUGAGGACAUUAGCUCAAGCCGCUCGAGGUGUGGCAGCCAGCACCAAGGAGCCUCAGGCUGCAGCUGCCAUGCUGGACUCAGCCCAGUGUGUGAUGGAGGGCUCAGCCAUGCUCAUCCAUGAAGCACAUCAGGCCCUGGUUCAUCCUGGUGAUGCUGAGAGUCAGCAGAGACUGGCACAGGUGGCCAAAGCAGUUUCGCACUCCCUUAAUAAUUGUGUGAAUUGCCUGCCAGGCCAGAAGGAUGUUGACAUGGCCCUCAGGAGCAUAGGCGAGGCCAGCAAGAAGCUACUAGUGGACUUUCUCCCUCCCUGCAGUAAGACAUUCCAAGAGGCCCAGUCUGAUCUGAACCACACAGCAGCUGAACUCAACCACUCAGCAGGCGAGGUCGUCCACUCCUCUCGUGGAAGAAGCAGCCAGCUGGCUGUAGCCUCAGGGAAGUUUAGCCAAGACUUUGAUGAGUUCCUGGAUGCUGGCAUUGAGAUGGCAGGACACACCCAGAGUAAGGACGACCAGAUCCAAGUCAUCGGUAAUCUGAAGAACAUCUCCAUGGCAUCCAGUAAGCUGCUACUGGCUGCCAAGUCUCUGUCUGUGGAUCCAGGUGCAGCCAAUGCUAAGAAUCUCCUAGCUGUGGCAGCAAGGGCGGUGACAGAGAGUAUUAACCAGCUGAUAACGCUCUGUACGCAGCAAGCAGCAGGACAAAAGGAGUGUGACAACGCCUUGAGGGAGUUGGAGGCUGUCAGAGGUCUGCUGGAUAACCCCAGUGAGCCCGUCAACGAGCUCUCCUACUUUGAUUGCAUCGAGAGCGUCAUGGAGAACUCAAAAGUCCUAGGGGAGUCAAUGGCAGGCAUUUCUCAGCACUGUAAGACAGGUGAUGUGGUGGCCUUCGGGGAGAGCGUGGGCUUGGCGUCCAAAGCUCUGUGUGGGCUGACAGAGGCUGCAGGACAGGCCUCUUAUCUUGUAGGUGUUUCUGAUCCCAGUAGUCAGUCAGGCCACGAGGGGCUGGUGGAUCCCAUUCAGUUUGCACGAGCCCACCAAGCUAUACAGAUGGCUUGUCAGAACUUAGUGGAUCCUGCCAGCAGUCCCUCACAGGUCUUGUCUGCAGCAACAAUUGUAGCCAAGCACACCUCGGCUCUCUGUAACGCCUGUCGCCUGGCCUCUUCUAAAACUUCCAACCCAGUGGCUAGGAGACAGUUUGUCCAGUCAGCCAAAGAGGUGGCCAACACCACAGCCAACCUCGUCAAAACCAUCAAGGUCAACUCCCCAACUGAUCAAAACGCCUUGGAUGGGGAUUUUUCCGAAGAGAACAGAAACAGGUGCCGCGUUGCUACAGCCCCGCUCCUCGAGGCUGUGGAAAACCUGACGACCUUUGCCAACAACCCUGAUUUUGCAAGCAUUCCAGCUCAGAUCAGCAAUGAGGGCUCAGCAGCACAGGAGCCCAUUGUGCGUUCAGCCCGCUCCAUGCUCGAUAGCUCCACUUACCUUCUAGAAACAGCCCGCUCACUGGUCCUUAACCCCAAAGAUCCCCCCACCUGGUCCAUACUAGCCGGCCACUCCAGGACAGUUUCGGACUCCAUCAAGAGUCUCAUCACCUCUAUUAGGGACAAGGCACCGGGACAGAGGGAGUGUGAUUACUCCAUUGAUAACAUCAAUAAGUGUAUCCGGGACAUUGAGCAAGCUUCACUAGCAGCGGUUGGCCAGACCCUACCCUGCAGAGAUGAUAUCUCCAUGGAAGCACUCCAGGAGCAGCUGACAUCCUCUGUACAGGAGAUUGGUCAUCUCAUUGAUCCAGUCUCUACAGCUGCCCGAGGCGAAGCUGCCCAACUAGGACACAAGGUAACCCAGCUGGCCAGUUACUUUGAGCCACUCAUUAUGGCAUCGGUGGGCCUGGCCUCUAAGCUGCAUGACCACCAGCAGCAGAUGACCAUCCUGGACCAGACCAAGACGCUUGCUGAGUCCGCCCUGCAGAUGCUCUAUGCUGCCAAGGAAGGCGGGGGAAACCCAAAGGCAUCCCACACACACGAUGCCAUCAAUGAAGCAGCCCAGCUGAUGAAGGAGGCUGUUGACGACAUCAUGGUGACUCUGAAUGAGGCAGCGAGCGAGGGCGGCAUGGUUGGGGGUAUGGUAGAGUCCAUCGCUGAGGCUAUGGGCAGGCUGGCUGAAGGAACACCCCCUGAACCCGAGGGUUCCUUUGUAGACUACCAAACCACCAUGGUGAAAUUUUCUAAGGCCAUUGCCAUCACAGCACAGGAGAUGAUGACUAAGUCGGUAACCUGCCCCGAAGAGCUCGGUGGCCUUGCCUCUCAGGUGACAGUGGACUACGGACAGCUGGCACACCAAGGAUACCUUGCUGCAGCCACUGCAGAGCCAGAGGAGGUUGGUUUCCAGAUAAAGACGCGGGUGCAAGAAUUGGGCCAUGGCUGUAUUUACCUGGUCCAGAAGGCUGGAGCCCUGCAGCUCAGCCCUACUGACAGCUUCUCCAAACGGGAGCUCAUCGAGUGCGCCCGUGCAGUCACAGAGAAGGUGUCCUUGGUACUUUCAGCGCUACAAGCAGGAAACAAAGGCACUCAGGCCUGUAUCACUGCAGCAGGCGCAGUUUCUGGAAUUAUUGCUGACCUGGACACCACCAUCAUGUUCGCCUCAGCUGGAACACUUAACCCUGAGAAUGAAGAGUCCUUUGCAGACCACAGGGAAAGCAUCUUGAAGACAGCCAAGGCACUAGUGGAAGACACCAAGCUGCUGGUUGCUGGGGCAGCGUCAACCCAGGAGAAACUGGCCCAGGCUGCCCAGUCUUCAGCCAAGACCAUCACUCAGCUCACAGAGGUGGUCAAACUGGGAGCAACCAGUAUGGGCUCUGAGGACCCAGAGACACAGGUGGUUCUGAUAAACGCAGUGCGGGAUGUGGCCAAGGCUCUGGCCGAACUCAUUGGUGCCACCAAAUGUGCUGCAGGCAAACCAGCUGACGACCCCUCCAUGUAUCAGCUGAAGAGUGCUGCCAAGGUCAUGGUCACCAACGUGACGUCGCUCCUCAAAACAGUGAAGGCAGUAGAGGAUGAAGCCACCCGUGGGACGAGGGCACUGGAAGCCGCCAUUGAGUGCAUCAAGCAGGAGCUGACGCUCUUUUCCUCCCGAUUCCCUCUUACCUCCUGCAGGUUUCCCACAGCACUUAUCAGGGUCUGGGUAGCAGAUGUGUUCCAGUCCAAGGACGUCCCAGAAAAGUCCACUUCACCUGAGGAGUUCACCCGCAUGACAAAGGGCAUCACCAUAGCAACAGCCAAGGCAGUGGCCGCAGGCAACUCUGCUCAGCAGGAGGAUGUGAUCGCCACUGCCAACCUGAGCCGCAAAGCCAUCUCCGAUAUGCUGACUACCUGCAAGCAAGCAGCAUAUCACCCUGAAGUCAGUGAGGAACUGAGGAGUAAAGCCCUGCAAUAUGGCUCUGAGUGCACCGCCGGAUAUAUCAACCUUCUGGAGCAAGUCUUGCAGGUGCUGCAGAAGCCCACACCAGAGCAGAAGCAGCAGCUGGCUGUGCACUCGAAGCAUGUGGCAGCGUGUGUGACGGAGCUCGUCCAGAUCGCCGAGGCCAUGAAAGGAUCAGAGUGUGUGGACCCUGAGGACCCCACUGUCAUAGCUGAGACUGAGCUGCUCGGAGCAGCAGCAUCCAUUGAAGCUGCAGCCAAGAAACUAGAGCAGCUGAAACCCAGGGCCAAGCCCAAGCAGGCAGAUGAGACGCUGGAUUUUGAGGAGCAGAUCUUAGAAGCAGCAAAGUCCAUUGCUGCAGCAACUAGCGCUCUUGUUAAAUCUGCAUCUGCAGCUCAGAGAGAACUGGUGGCACAGGGCAAGGUGGGAUCCAAUCAAGCCAAUGCAGUCGACGAUGGCCAGUGGUCACAGGGUCUCAUAUCAGCUGCACGUAUGGUAGCAGCAGCCACCAGUAAUCUGUGUGAGGCAGCUAAUGCUUCAGUGCAGGGCCAUGCCAGUGAGGAGAAGCUCAUCUCUUCAGCCAAGCAGGUUGCAGCCUCGACAGCUCAGCUGCUGGUGGCCUGCAAGGUGAAGGCAGACCAGGAUUCAGAAGCCAUGAGGAGACUACAGGUGGCUGGUAAUGCUGUGAAGCGAGCAUCAGACAAUCUAGUCAAGGCGGCGCAGAAAGCAGCAUUUGACAAGACGGAGGAUGACAGCGUUGUGGUGAAGACCAAGUUUGUUGGAGGCAUAGCUCAGAUCAUUGCGGCUCAGGAGGAGAUGCUGAGGAAGGAGCGAGAGCUGGAGGAAGCUCGGAAGAAGCUGGCUCAGAUCAGACAGCAGCAGUACAAGUUCCUGCCCAGCGAACUGAGGGAGGACGAAGGCUGACGGAUGCAGCGGAUGGGGACGUGCGCUGCGCUGACGAGACCUUCUUGUCACGGGGAGAUGCCAGUCAAGUGGCUGUUUCAACUCUCAUAAAACCAAGGACAAUAUAGCACUUGAAGCAGGCCUGUUUGGUGAUAAAACAAGUGCCUGUGCUCGGUGUAUUUCUGUGUGUAUGUGGCUGUGUGUGUGCGUGUAUGUAUUUGUCAGUGAAUGGCAUUGACAUUCAGACUUUAAUAUGAAGAAAGCUGUUCCUAUAAGCAAGUUGACAAAGUUUAAGUCGUACGAUAAACGUAUCAUUAAUUUGUGGGUGUUACUGCAUCAUGAGCAUUACUGACUGUUACAAUCAUGAAUCAAAGAAAUCUUGUAUAAUCACUGAAUGUUCUCAAAUGUGUUUGAGGUUUAAAACAAAUAGAAAGGAACUGGUGAUGUCGAUGUAACCGGCAAAUUCAAUCUAAGGGUCCACAGUUUGUAUUCCAGGUAUACAAAGUAUUAAUAGAAAGGCAGGAAGAUUUCUCACGUCUCAUUUCACCACUGGCUUGCAUGCACCAUAAUGUCUAAACAUAUCAGCGAAGCUACUAACCAAUAGAGUAGUAUAGAGUGAAAAGGCACUUGUAUUUUACUAAAAAAAAAAUGUGAACACGGGGUUUGCUGUUAAACUAGCAAAUCUUGAAAAGAGAAAAAUCGAUGAUUAUGAUUAAACUAUGUUGUUCUGCUUGAUGCCAAACGAUGAGGGUCUCUAAAUGAUAAUAUAACAUGACCACUGGCCGUCACUAGCUAUAAAGAUGUUAAUUCUUGACCACUUUCUUAUAUAGGUAUAAUCUGUGGUAUUCAGAGUAUCUGGAUGAUAUGUGACCAAAUAUGUCUUGCUGCUUGUACAUUAUGUCAUUUGAUGUAACCCACCCCCCCCCGCUCACAGUUCUUCCCACACACGCUUGUGUAAGGAAUACUUGUUUACAUUUUUUGUCAUGUUUGUUCUCGCUCGUCUUUGUGUUUUUAAUUCCUUCUCCAUUUACACUGGCCAGAUUCUCUUUGGGUGUCGCCAGUGCUUUUAUUCUACAUACACGCAGUCACUGCCCCUGUCCUGCUAAAGUCAUUUCACUUCAGAUGGUCUGUCUAUAGCAAUACUUUACACUGAAUAUUUGAGAAAGAUAAUAAGAGUCUGCGCUGUUAUUGUUUGGAAGAGUGUGCAAUCAUAUUGAACUCUAGGCUCUUGAAUGAAAUGAGCACACACUGUGCUAUAAAGUGGCUCAUAACUUUAUGCACUGAAUUUAAAGUUCCCAUUAUACUGAGUGGAGGACAUUUGCUCAACAAACUAGAAGGAAAUGGCAUCACACUCUGAGAAAACUGAUUUUCUUUUCCUUUAUUAAUAUAUAAUGUAUUUCAAAUUUUCAGCAUUCAGCUCCACCAUCUGUCCGCGUCAGUGUCUGGUCUGCAUUUUUAUUUUUUUUAUUUUUUAUUUUUUGUACUAGUGCCUUACUUGAGUCUGCCCUACGAGCAGCUGAAAACCAGGCUGGGUGGGAGCCUGAGCCUUGUCCUCUCUGGAUCAAAGCAUUAUGCCAGUCUAUUCCCUAUUGGGGUCUUAAUUUAAAAAAAAAGCCCUUUGCCAUACAGUACAAUGCCUUGGCUGGUGGCCUACCUGCUGACAGUGUUCUAAUGCUGAUAUAAAGGGCAUCUGUGGAUACAUUAGGAUUUAAAGACUAACGCUAGACUGCAUUCAAUGAGCAUGUGGCAAUUUGUGUAUGAAGUUGAGAAAUUGUUUAAAUUCAUUAUGCCAAGUCCCUCUUAAAUGUUUCAUUGUCUAACCACUAUAAGAAUUAAGUUUCUAUCAGUAAAUGUAAGAAUUACCCUGAAAUAUAUUGUCUGACCGAUUUGUCAAAGUAUUAAUGGAAAAUAGAAAAAGUUAUUAGCUCUGUUUAUGAAUACGUGUUGUGCUUUCUUUAACAGAAUCUGUUCGUUUUCUGAUUUGAUGCUGUAUGUAUGAUAUUUAUCUGGUCACAAAAGUAUUUUUUGUAUUCACCACAAAUAAAGCUUUCAGAC